AGCAAAAAAAAAAAAAAUCCGCAAGGUGUAAGGCUGUGCUCAAAGGCUAAAGAAAAUGGUAGUUUGCCGUUGCAAAAUCCUCAACGUCCCAUCCUCUCUGGGAACUCUUGUCAAACACCUUCCAUUAUCCAAACCCAAAACCUCCUUUCCACCGCCGCAAACCCUCAGCUUUAACUCUCAAACGUCCGCCGCAAUUCGCAGCUCUUCUUCUUUUGAAACCUUGACUUCCCGCCAAAAGGACCAGGUUCGUCUCUACGUCGACGCUUUGCUUCAAUGGAACCAGAAAAUGAAUCUGACGGCUGUCAAAGAAGUUAGUGAAGUAAUGGAUAGGCACAUUGAAGAUUCCCUUGCUAUUAUUCCUCCUAUUCAAAACUCUUAUGUCUCAAGUUGUAACGAUUCAUUUGACAAUCUCAGAAUUGUUGAUGUGGGAACUGGUGCCGGGCUCCCUGGCUUGGUUUUAGCUAUUGCUUGUCCUGGUUGGGCAGUAACGUUGGUUGAGUCUGUGAACAAGAGAUGUCUUUUCCUGGAGCAUGUGGUAAAUCUUACUGGGCUGUCCAAUGUUCAGGUUGUAAGGGAAAGAGCAGAGAAUCUGGGGCAGGAUAUCGGCUUCAGAGAGAAAUUUGAUGUAGCAGUGGCCAGGGCAGUCGCAGAAAUGAGAGUUCUAGCUGAAUACUGCCUUCCUCUGGUUCGUGUUGGUGGGUUGUUUGUCGCUGCAAAAGGUCAUGAUCCUAAAGAGGAAGUUAGAAAUGCAGAAAGAGCAAUCAAAUUGUUGGGUGCUUCCAUAUUGCAACUCCGCUCAGUGGAAUCACACAGCCCACAUGGACGGAGAACUGCUAUCAUUUGCUUAAAAAAUCACCCCACUCCAAGAAAAUAUCCACGUGGUCCAGGUAAAAAGUGUAAAGGCGUUCACUUUCCAGUUAAGCAAUUGACCUGGCACAGAGAUAUGGAUAACACGGUACCUCAAUUAGGAGAAGGUACAUAGCAAUGUUUUGUUUGAAUACUAUGAAGGAAGCAUUGGACGAAUAGUAUACCUGUUUUUCUCUUCCGUUGAUCCAAUGUUCUUUUCAUAUAUAUAAAGAGGGGUGGGUUUUGAAAACAACAAUAUGUAGGGGAGAAAUUAGGUUAACAAUAAUGGUGGGACGAGAAUGGUGACAUUUACCUAACUUCCCAGCCACUUGUAAUUAGUUAAGUAGGUCAUACCUUUGAAACUUCUAUCAAGCAUUUUAGGUUCAUGAAGAUAUUAAGGUAGAGAUCUAUAUGACAUCGUGCUGCCACGUUUCACAUUCUCACAAUUUGUACUCACAUCAUAAGAAUAAUUUAGUAUAAGUUGUAUGAUAAAAAACGAAGGGAAAUGUAACUUCCAUGGAUAUCAUAAAUCCAUAUGGAUUUUUUA